AUGGCACAAACCGUAGUUUUAAACAUCGAUUUGCUACAUAUAAUUUUUGAUAAUUUUGAGUACCAAGAUGAUAUGUUUAAUGGACUUCUUGUUAAUUCUUAUUGGGCUUCGGUAAUUGUUGGUAAAUUAUGGAAAAAACCAAUUUGGAAAUCUCCAAGUGUUUUUCAAAAAUUUAUACGAACUUUAAGAAAUACUGCUACUUCAUUCGAAUAUAAUCGAAUGGUCCAAUAUCUAAUAUUCUCUUCAUGCAGCCCAUCUCAUGUUGAGAUCUCAAUUCCUGUUGUUGAUAUUAAACUAAUUGCUGAACGAUGCAAUAACCUUAAGCAUAUCACUUUCGCUCGAACAUUCUCCGCUGAUGCAAUUUCUAUGCUUUUAGAACAUAGUCCUGGUUUGAUUUCUUCCGUAAUUUCUGGCCAAAAUCUCUCAACUUUGAGUCACGCUCUGCAACCUAUUCGUAAUGGAAAUUGUUCAAAACUUCAAUAUCUAGAAUUAAAAUAUUGGAAAUCUGAGUGGAUGCAACAUGAUAUAUUACGAGACAUAGGGAAACAAUGUCCCAUGUUGACCACUUUGUUAAUAGCUUCAAGUAUAGUGACGAACAUUUUAGCCUCUUUAAUUGUCGCUUCGUUUCCAAACCUACAAACUUUCACAUGUAGCACGAUAACUGGAUCUGGAUUCACAAUUCUUACGUCCGGUUGUCCAAAAUUAAAAUCCCUAUCUUUAGAAUUCCCGUAUAUUAGCAUUGAAACAGCGAUGACCAUAGCAUCUGAAUUUCCACCAUUGGAAUCAUUUAGCUUACGAAUAGGUUCUUAUCGAGGGUUUGACCAUUUUGUUAAGCUGUGGGUGCACGCACAACAUCAUCUGCGACACAUUGAACUAAAUUCUGCUCGUGGAUUAUAUGAUGAUUCAUUUUUGCCUAUAGCUCAAUACUGUCAUCAACUAGAGUCUAUAGAACUUCGAAUGUGCACGAAUUUAACCGACAUUUCAAUAUCCGCAUUGGCCAAAUAUAGAAACAUUAACCUUAGAAAAUUUACAAUAAGGAAUUGUGAUCAAAUCACGGAUAUGGGAAUUUCCGACCUAUCCCGACAUUGCCCGAAUCUAUGCAAAGUAUCCAUAAUCGGGUGCUUGAACAUUACACAUUCAUCGUUGUCAAUGAUUGUACAAAGUUGUCAAGGAUUGGUCGAGUUUGCGUUUACGAGUAGGCCGAGAAUGACACCGGCUGUAAUUUUAACUUUGGUGCAGUUCGAAAGGUGUAUGUUGGAAAUAUUGGAUAUCAAGAGUGACGAUAUGGCGACAGCCGAUGUAACCGUUAAACAGCCUUAUCCAAAAUUUGAUUUGGCUCUAAUGGAAAAGUUGGCUAUAACUUGCCCUCACAUUAGAAUUUUAGGACUAAAUUUUAAUAUGGCAGGAUUGAAUUCUGAUGAUCUAAUAUCAGUGAUGCAUAAGUUUCAAAACCUUGAACAAUUAGAUGUCAGUAAUAAAGAAUUUAAAAGAGAACAUAUCAAAGAACUAGAGACCCACCGUAGAUUAAAAGAGGUUAGAUUUACCGGAUCUGAUGUUUUAGAUCAAGAUGCAAAAAUUUAUUUGGCAUAUAGGAAAAGUAAAAUCCUCUGGUCUCGCCCAUUUCCAUUUUUCACACAAAAUCAUCUCUUAUCAAAAGCAUUUCUUUUAUGCUUAAACAGUGAAGAAUUAACUGCUCUAACUCCAUCUAGAGGAAGCAGUUUUAAUAAUUUCUUCCAAGUUGUGUUUUGGAUUGGGCAAUUCAUAAAUGGUGUUUACAAUUAUCUAUCUGAAAGUGAAAGGCUAUUCAUUACUGAAGAAGAUUCCGCUUAUGACUUUCGUCUUGCCCAUGUCACAAAGUCAAAUUUGUUCCAUGUUAUUAAGAAAAAGCUCC